UUUUACUGUGAACAGCAAAAUCAUUCCAUUCAACGUUGGAAUUGGUGAUCGUGGAAGGUGAAUUUUCAAAGGUGACUUAUCCACAAAUCUCGAUUGCAGAUAGUUCAAAGAUGAUUAAAUUCGAAUUUGAUAAUUUGUCAAAUGAAACCAGUCAGAAUAAUUCUACUUGCAUCUUUACUCAGUAUACGGAACCAGUUGUUCUCAGUGGUCUCAUAUUAACAUUUAUCGGAUUAGUUCUUGGAUUAAUAAUCAUAUUUAUUAAUAAUCUACAUACUACAUCCACAAUGAACACAAUCAUCAUCGUGAUAACCAUGAUCUUUAUAAUUGUUGGUGUUGUAUUACUAAUGUCAGUCGGAAAAUGGUACGAACAAAUUAUCUCUGUAUCUAUAGCUACCGCGCUCUUCAUCGUAGCCUUUUUACUGGAUGUAAAGCUACAAGGUUCAAAAAGAAGAUGGAAGAUAAUUUUGUUCACGAUGUGUUGUGUAUUUGCUGUAACUGGGUUGAUUUUCUUUGUUUUCGGGGUGAUAUUUGAUAUCAAAGGUUUACUAGUUGCAACCUUGGUUUGUUGGUGCGGCGAAAUGUUAAUUGUGAUUACUUGCACAAAAUAUUAUCUGGAUAGCUACCGCAAAUCACGACAGUUUUCUACACUGUACUGUGUUUUCCUAUUGAUGUAUGAAUACAUCGUACUUCUCAUCAGUUUAAAAUUUUCUUUAAAUUCAGUCAUUGAUUGUGAUUGGAAUAACAAGACAAUGAUUAGACACGAUGAACAGAUUCUGUUCCACUGAAUGUUUUAAUCAGUUCACAGAUAUUUAAGUGGAAUAUUUUGAAGAUUAUUGUAAACUGCUUUGUUAUUCAUAAUAGACUUCCUAUUAAAUAGAUAUUUGUUUGUUGAAUUAGAUAUCUGGAUUGAAAAUAUUCGUUUAAAAUAUAAACAGACUUUACAGACAAA